AUGACUUUAGUAAUCGCACAAGGGACGUUUAGUCGAAGGAACAUUAAUGUUGGCCAACGUCUUGAGAUAGCUUGCCCAGCUGCCAGCUCAAAUGCAGUUGGUUGGAUUUCAAAUAAGAAUGGAGCCAAUGUAACGCUUGCGACCAGAGACACCAACAACGCAGUUUCUACUCAAUUUCCUUCAAAUGUCCGUUACAGCGUAACUAGUUCAUUUACAUUGAUUAUUACGGAUAUCGAAAUAUCUGAUGAAGCAAUGUUUUGGUGUGCUCCUUCAAACUCUCAAAACUCUCCUUUAGCAGCAAUCUACGCAGUAACAGUUACAGUUCCAUUAACAAUCGAUUUGCCUAGCGAGACCUCAACAGACUCUGGUGGUACGUUAUCGCUUGAUUGUAAGGCAUCUGGUAGACCUACACCCACAACAUUUAGAUGGCUAAGGAAUGGUAACGUUAUCAGCUCAUCGAAAACCCUAACUAUAUUUAGUGCUAAAGUUUCUGACGCAGAUUUUCAAAUGCAAGAUAGAGGUACUAUUAUUAUCGUUGCCAACUCAGGUGAGAAUGUUGUACUUGGCUGCCUUGGACAGGGAUAUCCGCCUAUUAAUCGUACUUGGACAGUUGGCACACCUGUUAGCCGCUAUCAGAAAUUGUCCAAUGGAUCGUAUUAUAUAUUGAAUGUUAACCGUAGUGAUGAUUAUCAUCAAAACGGUAAUAGAUUCUUUACCUGUCGAGCUACAAAUGGUGCACAAACCGCCAUUGUAAAUUAUGAAUUGGAUGUCCACUAUUUCAAUCCGUAUACAGCAUUUGCUUCGUCAUCAUAUCUCGUAAGAAAUGAAUCUGACAUUGUAGCGCUUCCAUGCGCAGCUGAUUCUAAUCCAAAUUCUUGGGUGACCUGGUACUCAAAUGGCAAUAUUAGGAGUAGUACUGGCAGUUAUGGAUGUAAUAUUGCUUACCAAAGUCAGCGUCGCUGGAGAAAUCUUACAAUUGUAGUACAAUAUGCCCCACAAAGUGUAAAGAUUGAUUCUACGAAUGUUAAUAAAGCAGCGAUCGGUAGCGUUUCGACAAUGCGUUGUGUAGCAGAAGCAUUGCCAGCACCUAAAUACAUCUGGCAGAAAAAUGGUCAACCGUAUAAUGGACCGGCCGAUGUUGGCAAUGGUUCGCUUGUUUUUACAUCAGUAAAAAAAGAUGACAGUGGCAACUAUCGGUGUAUUGCAAAUAACAUGCUCGGUGAAGCAUCAUUGACUAUUUCCUUUACUGUUUAUGAACUUGUUCGAAUUAUCUCGAGUAUACCAACUCAGACUGUUGUAUUACAAGAGGGUGAGAGUAGAACGUAUACUUGCGCAGCGUCAGGUUCUCCGAAACCAAAUGCGUAUUGGUUGAAAAAUGGCGAAAUUCUUCAGUUUGCUGAAUCUGUGACAACGAUGGUAUUAGUCGCAAAUAGAAGCGAUAAUGGUGCUCGAUUCACCUGCAGAGCCUUAAAUGUUAACGAAAAUAUAGAAUUACAUUUCAAUUUGACUGUUUACUAUCCUCCAUAUGUUUCGGUUCCUGACUUAAAAGUUUACGUUAAGGAACAACAGAACGCUGUUUUAAUAUGUAAUGCGACAUCUAAUCCAUCAAUAACUUCAUACAGAUGGUUUGGUCCGACCGGUCAGGAAAUUGUUAGAAACGAUAGUGUUAUAUUCGUGUAUGGUAAUCGACUUAGUAUUCGAGGAUUAGACAGAACUCAUUCUGGAAACUACGUCUGUAGACCGGAGAAUGGUAUUCGUGGAGGUUCCACUACAACUUUUGAAGUCAUUGUACCAUUUGACGCUAUCCCGCGUGCAACAGUGACAUGGAGAAGGGUCAAUGGUGAAUUCAGUAGAAGAGCAACUAUUAGUUCCAAUUAUUCGCUAAUAUUUAGAAAUCUUAAACGAAAUGAUACCGGUACCUAUCAGUGUGUAGCUAGAAAUAUUGAGGGUGAGACUGCAACAGAUGGAGUGCUUACCGUAAAGAAUGUUCCUGUCGAUCGUAGCGCGUUUGAAGUGAUCGUUUGGCGAUCUGAUAUCCUUGGUACUAACGUUAGUUGGACAAUACCCUCUCAAUUGGAAACAACUAGUUUAACGGUACAAUACCAAGUAUUUGGUACUAGAAAGCGUGCUGAAUGGACGAUUGCUCAAUCAGGAAUUAAUCCGACAUCUAAUAGCAUUCGUAUUAGUGAUCAGUUGUUGAAUCAAAAAUCGACGUACAAUAUUAGAGUGCUGUCAUAUUACUACAGCGAAGAAGUUUUGACUAGCCUUACUGUCGUGUCGGACCCUCCAGGGCCCGUACCUCCCGAGAGAAUAACAUAUGGACCUUUCAAUAAAACUGUAUUAAUUGCAAUUUGUGCUGGUGUUGGUGUUAUCAUCUUGUUGAUACUAGUAGCUUCCUUAAUUGUAUAUGAUCGCACCCAUAAAGAAACUCGUAGAGAUGAGAUUUCCUCCAAAGAGCCUUACCUUACAUCGCCAACAGCAACUAUUACAAGACGCCCACAGAAUUUCGAAGACCAUGCUUAUACGACUCCAAAAGGUUUAGAGACAUUACCGUCUCCACCGGAGGGUGUAUCUCAUGCUGAAUCUGUUGCUUCAGUAAGCAAUGUUAGUAUGCGCAGUGACAUGAAGAGAGCUCCAAGCGCUUCAGGCUCGGAAUUUGAUUACAAAAUGGCUAGUCGAAAUUACUUUGAUGAUGCAGCUAGUGACAAUGCAGAUCGUUACAGUGUUCGAUCAGACCGAAGUUCGCGCAAACGCAGGCAGAGCCAGACCAGUAGACAAUCAGAGGCUACGUCUGUGGAUGAGGAAAACAUAGAUUAUGCAGAUGGUUACGGCCGUACUCCUGCAGAGAUGCUGUAUUAUACCCCAGAUUAUAAGAAAGGCUCCACUACUGGUCGGAGCAGGGAAGCAAAAGAUAAGCGGUAUUCUUUGCAAGCAGACGAGAAAGAUGAUGUUGAUGCAUACCGCCCAUACUAUACAACAGGUCGCUCUAAUGAAGCUGCUAGUAAGAAAUCAUCCCGUCCUACUAGAGCAGAAUCGGUCGGUGCUAUGGAAACGACAAAUAAUUAUGGAUACAACGUUCAAGAUAGGAUAUCUGCUGAUCAAAAGAAUGCUAAAGAACGUGACCAAAUUUUACAAGAUAAACUACGCCGUCAUGAUCCUGCUUAUCAGAAGCGGCGCUCUAGAAGUGAUGCACCUUCUGACAGCGGUAUGUCUGAGACAAGUUAUAAUCGUAGAUCGAAAAAGAACGAGCAACGACGGUCUAAAAAUGUGGAAGCGAAUAGCGAUGCGGAAUCGUUACCAAGUCCUACCAGGCCUUCAUCGCAGUAUAGUGCAAAAAAGCCUUACUAUUACUUAGAUGAUGAUCAAUCAACGGUCAAUACUGAUGAUUACUCUUCAGACAUUGCUAUAACCAGUAAUAGACGUCAUGAUGAUCGCUUGUCACGACCCAAAUCAAGAGCACCAUAUGUUGAAGGUGAUAAUCAACCAUACGAUCUUGGUAAACGCUUAGCACGCUCUCGAGAAAUGUUAUCGAAUUCUCAAGCCGAUGCCAGUGUUUAUAAUCAGUCAUCGCCGUAUAAUAAAUCAUCUUCAUCGUCUAACACUAGGUUAAAUCAACGUCAUGAUUUUCAUGACAGCUCUGAGAGCUUAUCGCGCUCGAAAAAGUCUCAAAGCCGAGAAAAUAUUCACCACCUAACAGGUUCUAGAGGUAAUCUAACUAAAAGCCCGUUAGAGGAUGAUGAUGAUUUCGAAUAUCCUCCGCCACCAAAAGAUGUAAAUUAUCAUCGUAGUUCGGAAAAUGUCGCUGGUCGGUAUGCAAGUAAUGAAAGUUUAGGUUCUUCACAUAAACGCAGUGCCCCCAAUUAUAGCUUAGCUAGGUCGAAUGAAAAUUUAGCCCGUUCUCGAGAGAGCCUGUCAUCUAGAAAUGCCGGAUCACGCACACCACAUAAUGCAAGACACGCUCCUAUGAUUGCACCAAUUGCCAAAGAUAUUUAA